AUGUCCAGCCAGCAGCGCUCCGCGGGGGCGCGCUCCGCGAGCUGGCUGCACUGCCGCGAGGUCGGCGGCUACGGAUGCCAAUCGGCCGCCAGGGGGGUCGAUCGGCAGGGCGCGCGGCCGGGAUGCUGGCCUGCUGGCCGGCGACGGUCUGAGGGGCAGGCAUGCCGGGCGGAGCUGGACGGCGGCGGGGGCCCGGCGCCGCAGAUUGGCGGGGACCUCCUGGCGGGCGCGGAGGAGGCGCGGAGGAACCUGCGGUGGUCGACCGGCACGGUGGUUGAGAACAGGGCUGCAUCUGCGGAUGGCAACGUGCGGCUGAUGGUGAUGAGCGUUGAGGACCAUGUGGACUAUCUUGAAGGGAGGAAGGUGAAAAGAAUUCAAAAAGCCCCAAGGUGGAUCGAUGAUUACAAGUUGCCAGGGCAGUUUGUUGCUGUGCGGCCUCUGGGCAGUGACGUCAGCGACAACGAGCCUUCCCCCAAGACAUGGAAGUUGUUGGCCAUAUCGUCCUCCCCAUACGAAGCACGCCGGGAGUCAGCCCUACUUGAUGCAUCUAUAAUUGAGAUUCUCACUGAUCGGGGAGGCGAGGACGACAUACUGGGGGAUCUUGCACCUGGUGGUCAAAUUGAGGUGAGUCAGGCGCUGGGGCGGGGAUUCGCUUCAUUAUUCAGCAGCUACGUUGGCCUUCCCAGUGCGCUAGAGGACCGCCGACCACUGCUGAUGCUCUGUGCUGGUACGCCUGGCCUGUCGCCGCUGCGCUCAGUCCUGAAGUGGGCGCCAGUACAGGCCCUGGCCACCACAAGGCCCAUCGCAAUUGUGUACAUUGCGCACACACCCGUCUCGGCCGCCUGCCUCCAGGAGUGGGACGCCUGGAGGGACAUGGGGGUCAAGGUCGUGACACUGUAUUUGAGGCAAGAUGGGGACGAGGACGUGUCUGACGGCCGUGUCAAAGACCUCCUCGAGACCAGCAUUUUCGAAUCCAACAAUGGGCUGUCUGAUUUGAUGGGCGGCAGCCUAGCUGAGUGCGCCGUCUUGAUGUCUGGCCUGCCGGGCAGUGUGGCAACGGACAUUGCAAACCGGCUCGCGCAACAAGGGGUGGCGAGGGAGAGGCUGCUCUUUUGCGAGUUCUUUUAG